UACAUAUUCCUUGCCGGCGUUGUGAGCUGCCGUUUGGUGCCAUCGAUUUCAUCGCCGCUGAGCAACCUGCUAGGCCGACCGAGCUAGGGCAUCCCAUCCCCUUCAUUUGUCGCACUCACUUUUCCUCGCAAUUCUCUGCAACAAUGGCGGCUCUAUGCAAUUCACUUUUGAUUUCUCAAGGACCAGCAAUCCGCUGCGCAUCUGGUGGUACUUCAUUGAAGCCAUCCGAUCAACGCAUCAAGCCUGCAAAUUCGGUAAUCAGAUUUCCCGACAGCACAAGAACAUCAAACCGAAAAAAGGCUAGCAUACAAGCAGCCUAUAGGGAUGACGGAGGGUCAAGCAAUGCUGGUUUUUUCGUCGGUGGCUUUAUUUUGGGAGGAUUAAUUGCCGGCACUCUUAGCUGUGUUUAUGCCCCUCAGAUUAGCAAUGUGUUAACUAGAGCCGAUCGAAAGGAUCUCAUGAAGAAACUGCCCAAAUUUAUCUACGACGAAGAUAAAGCUUUGGAGAAGCAACGCAAGAAACUGGCCGAUAAGAUCGAGCAGCUCAACGCGGCCAUAGAUAGCAUGUCGACCCAGCUACGGUCCCAAGACCAACCCAACGGAGCCGCGGUCGGCUCCGACGACAUCGAAGCUCUCAUUUGAAGGCUGUCCCAAUCUAUCUACUGCUACUACUGGAAAACUACUCUUACCCUGUUGUCUGAAGGGCUGCUGUCUCCUUUCUUGAUCAAAAACUCAAACUCGGUUAAUAAUCUGUCUUUUCUUUCCUUUUUUUAUCUUCAUAUUCUGGAAAUUUAAUAAAUAAAUUCCAAUCUUGUUUUAGAAA